AGAUCAAGUGGCUGCUGCCAACUCUCGCGAGCUCCAUGUCAGAAAGAGUUGAUUAUAAUGUCAGCACUGGCCAAUUUACAGGCUUAAAGCAGCAGCUGCAUCACUGCAUUUCCCCCCAGGGAUCCCAAGAUCCCCACUCUUAAAAACUUUGUAGUUUCUUGUAAUAGAAGCGGGGCAUCAUGAUUUGGACAAAUGGUCCAAGUCUCUCUGCCAGAUUCCUGAUGGGGUUCCUUCUCCUGUCCAUGUUCACUGGGAAGGUGGUGCCUGAAGAGAUCAUUGCAACCAAGAAUGGCAAAGUCAGAGGGACCAGCCUGCAGGUGCUGGGGGGGACAGUCACGGCUUUCCUGGGAAUCCCUUACGGGCAGCCCCCCAUCGGGAGGCUGCGCUUCCAAAAGCCAGAACCUCGGGAGAAGUGGGAAGAUGUUUGGGAUGCCACCAAACACGCCAGCUCCUGUUUCCAGCCCAUAGACACAGCUUACCCAGGGUUUGCUGGGUCAGAGAUGUGGAACCCAAAAACCAGCCUGAGUGAAGACUGUUUGUACCUGAAUGUAUGGAUUCCUUCUCCCAAGCCCAAGAACGCCACUGUCAUGGUGUGGAUUUAUGGUGGUGGAUUUGAGUCUGGCUCCACUUCCCUGCCUGUCUACGAUGGGAAGUUUCUGGCCAGGGUGGAAAGAGUGGUCGUGGUUUCCAUGAACUACAGGACUGGUGCUCUGGGGUUUCUGUCCUUGCCAGGAAACCAGAAAGCUCCUGGAAAUGCAGGUUUGUUUGAUCAAAGGCUGGCACUUCAGUGGGUCCAGGAGAACAUAGCAGCCUUUGGAGGCAAUCCCAAGAGCGUGACUCUGUUUGGAGAGAGCGCAGGCUCGGCCUCUGUCAGCUAUCACCUCCUUUCUCCUGAAAGCCACCCCUUAUUCACCAGGGCCAUCCUGCAGAGUGGGUCUGCAAAUGCCCCCUGGGCUGCAAUUACAUCUUCUGAGGCCAGGAACAGAGCAGUGGCUUUGGCCAAACAGCUCCAGUGUCCCACCAGCAACGAGUCAGAGCUCAUUCUUUGCCUCCAAGACAAGGACCCGAAGGAAAUACUGGAAAAUGAAAUUUUUGUCGUUCCAAAUCGUUCUCUUUUACAAGUAUAUUUCUGUCCGAGCGUGGAUGGCGAUUUUCUGGCCGACAUGCCAGAAGCACUGAUGGAGAAUGGUCUUUUCAAACAGACCCAGAUCUUGGUGGGUGUCAAUAAAGAUGAAGGGUUAUCGUUUCUGGCAUACGGAGUGCCUGGCCUCGACAAGGAUAGCGAUGGCUUGAUCAAUAAAACCCAGUUUGAAGCAGCUUUAAGUCUGGCCUUCCCAGGAGUGAGCAAACUUGCCAUAGAAUCCAUCAGCUUCCACUACAUGGACUGGGAAAACAUGGGAAAGCCGGAGCACUACCGGGAUGCCAUCGAUGACGUUAUCGGGGACUACAACAUCAUCUGUCCCGCGGUGGAAUUUACCACCAGCUUCACCCAGCUGGGCCACCACGCCUUCUUUUAUUUCUUUGAGCAUCGCUCCUCCAAGCUGCCCUGGCCGGAGUGGAUGGGGGUCAUGCACGGCUACGAGAUCGAGUUUGUGUUCGGGCUGCCCCUGGAGAGGAGAGCGAAUUACACCAAGGCUGAGGAGCUCCUGAGCCGCUCCAUGAUGAGAUACUGGGCAAGUUUUGCCAAAACUGGAGCUCCAAACGGGACCCUGACUAAUGGAAUAAGAUGGCCAGUCUUCACUAGUACUGACCAAAAAUAUUUGACACUGAACACCAACACUUCUGAGGUACUGACAAAACUACGAGCUCAGCAGUGUCGAUUCUGGAAACACUUUUUCCCCAAAGUUGUGGAAAUGACAGGAAAUAUUGAUGAAGCAGAACGAGAGUGGAAAGCAGGAUUCCAUCGCUGGAACAAUUACAUGUCAGACUGGAAAAAUCAAUUUAAUGAUUACACCAGCAAGAAGGAGCUGUGCAGUCUCUAAUUAAUAUGUUUACUCUUUCCAGUUUGUCCCUAGAACUGUUCAUCAGGCAGAUACCCAGGUAGCUUCCCAACGUGUCGAGCAUUAAAUGUGUUAUGCAGAUUAAAA